UUCUCAGGUAGUGCAAGUGGUGGUGCUUUCACCAGCGGAAUACUCGCCACUGCUAGCUCCCUACUACUAGUUCCCUCAGCUCGAAAGCCAUCAUGACGUUGCUCUCGCCUCGCAGUUUCUCCCGCACCUCGCGCUCGGACUGUCGCCGUGCGUCCUGCUUUCUCCUCGCCCUUCUGCUCGCCCUCCUCCUCUUAGCGCCGCACUCCGACCUUUCCGCUGCUUCUCGCCUCGCCUCCAACGCCGCGACUCCCGGCGGAGUAGGCAACAGGGCGGCGGCGGCACUGGGCGAGGGAAGCCCCGGUCAGCGCCAUCCCCGCGCCGCCCGCCGCGCCGCCGGCGUGCCGACCCUCGCUGACAGCCAGCGUAUGGCUCAGGUUGUUUGCGACCGCGCCGUUUCGCUCUACUCCAGAUGAAAACCGCUGACGCCGGCGCUGGGUCGAACUCCCCGCGGCGGUUGGGUCUCUCAGCUCCAGCAUUGGUCAUCAGGCCCCCAUCUCCGCCCGUUUCCCCAUUCUUCGAUUUCCCCCAGUUCCCAAUUCACUCCCAUUUCCGCUAGCUCACACAUUUUCCCCAUUUCAGCACCCCCCUUCCUCCUCCUCCCCCCCCUCCCCCUCCCCCCAUCUCAUCAUUCCCCAUUCGCCCCAUAUACGCCAUAUCCCCCACAACACCCGGUUUCCCCAUUUUCCCCAUUCCCGUCGCACAUGUCCUCCAUCUUGCCCAUUUCCUUGCUUGCCCCGUCUCCACCCGGCGCUAACCCGCCGUCCCAUAUCUCGCGUCCCUCCCAUCCUUUCACCCGUUUCUCCCAGCCCCUCCCGCAGGAGCGUGUCCUGCUGUGAGCUGUCCCUACCCGACUCACUCGCUUCCCAUAUCUGCUUCAACCAGCUUAUCAUUUCCUCUACUUCAUUCUCGUUUUGCUUGCACUGUGCUGUGUGCUACCCUGGCCGUGUGUGCUGGCCUGGUCGUGUGUGCUGGCUGGCCUGGCCUUGCCUGGCCGUGUGAGUGCGAGGGAGAGCGUGCUGCGUGCUGCCAGUGCGUGCGCUGCUGGACCUCAACGCCGCCUGGCACCUCUGGCCCACCAACUCCAACAGCUCACGCCGUUGCGAUGAGUGGGACUACGUUGAAUGCAACAAGCAGGGCUUCAUUGUAUCCAUUGAACUGUCCCUGUUUUAUUAUGGCGAUCUCAAUGCAACCAUGCCGCUCAAUAUCUUCUCCCGCAUGCCACAGCUCAGACGCCUUGUGCUGACAGACACCUAUCUGCUUUCCGGCUCUAUCUCGCACCUCUCCUUGCCCUCCUCCCUGCGCAUGCUAGACAUAUCGUCUACUUCGAUUUCUGGCAGCCUGCCAUCCACUCUCAGCAGCCUCUCUCUCCUCUCAUACCUAGACAUAUCUUCUACUUCGAUUUCUGGCAGCCUGCCAUCCACUCUAAGCUGCCUCUCUCUCCUCACAUACCUCAACAUUGGCUCAGAGAACAUCACUGGGCGAGUGGAGGACCUCUCAUGGCUCUCAAGCCUCACCAAUUUGCACACGCUUGUGCUGAGUGGCCUUGAGUCUGUGACUGGGGAUCUGCCAUCUCUCACCUUCCUUACCCCUCUCCAUGUUGUGCAAAGCCUGAGAACCUACUUGUCGUUUGUUAGAAGCUCAUUACCGGGUGGCUUCUGCAAUUUUCCUAAACCUUGUCGGCCUUCACUUUGUCAGUAGUACUGCCAACGCCCUUCCCCAACUCCCCGACACCUUGUGUCAUACCUAUCAUUGGUGCCUUCGCGUGUGUCAUAUCGUUGAAGCACCAUAUCCACUGUCGACUGGACGGGGGAGCUGCCUGCACAGCUCGGCACCCUCACCUCCCUCUCUUUCUUGGAUCUAAGUUACCUGUUGUCUACCCAGUUCCCUCGAUGGGUGAUGGACUUGACAGGUUUGCGUCACCUCGAUGUCAGCCAUGUUGCUGAUUAUCGCAGCGGGGUCGUGCCGCAGGACCUCUCCCGCCUUGCCCAGCUGCAACACUUUGAUGCCAUGGGCAAUGGAUUGGUCGGGGCGCUGCCUGAUUACUGGAGCUCUCUGAACCACCUCACCUUUCUGUCGUUUUCAAGGAACAAGAUUGAGGGCUCCAUUCCCUCAACAUUCUCUGCACUCACCACAUUGUGCACACUGGCAUUGGUGCAAAACAGCAUGGAUGGCACCAUCCCACCAGUCUUCUCCACUGCACUCAGCAGCCUCGAUCUCCGUGGAAAUCACUUUUCGGGCUCCAUCCCUGCUUUUCUUGGUGAUCUCGCUGGCCUCACAGUCCUGGAACUUGCUGCCAACAACUUCACAGGGGCGAUUCCCAAGUCCUUCACAAAGCUCAGUGGCGUUUUGUACCUGGCUCUUACCGACAACCAGUUAACGUCAGGGCUUGAUGUGAUCAGCAAGAUGUCCUGGCUUGGUUAUGUAGAACUUUCAAACAAUAAAAUAUCUGGUGCUUUUCCUGAUCUUUCAACCUUACCUUCACUCUCGGGGUUGGGCUUUCGAGGAAACAACUUCCAAGGGACAUUCCCCAGUGUCUUACUGAAGCUCACCAACCUUGUAUCCUUAGAUCUGGGUCAGAAUGGAUUCUAUGGGUCCAUUCCCAAAGAUGUUUCCAAGAUGUCUUACUUAGACUUUCUAUCCCUGGACAACAAUAACUUCCACGAGGAAAUUCCUUCAGGGUUACUCACUCUUCCAGCCCUUGCGUGGCUGGACAUGCAGCACAACCGUUUAACUGGACAACUGCCAAGCACUCUAUCCAAUGUUCUCCUCGGAGUCCUAUACCUUGGAGAAAACGACCUCAAAGGGCCCCUGCCUGACUUCUCUAAAUGGAAUACUUCCCUGACCACCUUAGAUUUAGGCGACAACAGCUUCACAGGGUCCAUUCCAGAGUCGAUCAGAACACUCACUUCGUUGGAUGUCUUGUUAUUGCGCAACAACCAGCUCUCAGGGACCUUCCCUUCUGCUCUGCUUAGCCUUCCCAACCUUGGUGUCCUAGACCUUGCUUCCAACAAUCUUUCAGGAGGGCUACCCUCUGACCUUGGCACCCUCUCCAACCUUUUUGAAUUGUCUGUAUACGACAACCAACUGUCGGGAAAGCUCCCUCAAUCCAUAUGCAACCUCACCCAAUUGCACACCAUGUUUCUCCGCAACAAUAACUUCUAUGGAGCUUUUCCUGCUUGUCUUUUCGAGCAUUGCCUGCACAGAAUUGAUAUCAGCAACAACAGCUUCUACGGGCCCAUCAACAGCAACUUCCGCAGCAUGAUUCCUGACGGUGGCGCUCUGCUCAACAUAGCAGCCAACUAUUUCUACGGCGAUCCCAUGCUCUAUGCCGAUGGCUGCCAGUUCUGCCCCUCGGGAAUGAUUGAACCCGAUGCCCUGGACUGGGUGGGGACCAGCGUUGAUAGGCGUGGGCGUUGCGGCGGAGGGGUUUCUGCCAAGUUUCGUUCCGGGGCGAAUAUGCAAGGGCAAGCAAGUCUGCGUUUGAACUGCUUCACAUUGAGCACGCAGCUGGAGUGCACGGCGAAUGAGACGCAGCGCAGCAGCGAUGCGUGCCUGGCAUUCUGCAGCAUGUCUCGGGAGCUGGGGCCGUGCGACGGGCACGGAGAGUGUGUGCCACCGCAGGCGGGGGCAGCAGGAGCGGGAUUCACGUGUGAGUGUGACGAUGGAUACGUCACUGCCAAUGGCACCCUCGGAUCCACCUGCGCCCGCCCUUCUCCGCCACCCACAACCGCGCUCUCCACAGGCGCAGUGGUGGGCAUUGCUGUGGGCUCUGCUGCCGCCUUUGCCCUCCUCCUCGCUCUCAUUGUGGCUCUGCUCUGGCCCAGACAACGCAGGAAGUGGGGCGACCUGGACGUGUGCCAGGAGUUCAGCAUGGCGGAGAUUCUGCGGGCAACAGACCACUGGUCGAGCGACAACGUGCUUGGGAAGGGCGGCUUUGCCACGGUGUACAAGGGGGUGUCGGAGAAAGGGGACCUGUGGGCUGUGAAGCGCAAUCAGCUCAUGUCCAACGACUUCGAGAAGGAGCAGCGGGUGCAGCUGGCGGUGGGCGCAGCGGAGGGAGUGGCCUAUUUGCACAGCUUUGCGACGCCCAUCGUGCACCGCGACCUCAAGCCCGGCAACAUCCUUGUGGGGGAGCACUUCCAGGCCAAGAUAGCGGACUUUGGGUUGCUGAAGCAGCUGAGCCAUGCAGGGGAGGAGGAUGAUCGGACGCGAAUAGCCGGGACUCCAGGCUACGUGGACCCGGAUUACAACCGCUCCCAAGUGGUGUCGGAAAAGAGCGACGUGUACAGCUUUGGUGUGGUGUUGUUGGAGCUGUUGACUGCGCAGAGGACACGUGUGAAAGGAACUGACUUACAUAUUUGUGAAUGGGCAACCAGCAAGGUGCAGGCGUACGAGUUUGGCUUGCUCAAGGACGUGGCUCUGGAUGCCCCGGAGGAUGCGGUGGUGGAGUUUGCCGACAUCGCGCUCGACUGUGUCAAGGUGCCCGGCUCCCGCCGCCCCCUCAUGAAGGACGUCGCACGCCGCCUGCACGCGCUCCUCGCCAAGUACUGUGGUGAUGGAAUCACCGAAGCUGGCCCAAGCAUGCCCACGGGGGAAAGCAUGGAGGCAACGUUAGAAGUAGUGGGAACACGUUUGGAAGGAGUGAGCUGUCAGAGGACCAACGUGGAGGGCCGGCUGCUGGAUUCUUGACCGAGGUCUUCUCAAAGAAGUGGCGCAGAAAUUUGCCUUUGCAUGCAUUUGUAGCAUGCUUGGAAAGAGCGGGCUUUCCAGUACCAUAAUCACCCAGAUAGACGCCCCUCCGUAGGACUAGUCCCAUGGGCUCUAACUCGUGCAUUGGGACUUAUAAGCAUUAUUCGAUUAUAGGCCCCCCUUCAUUUCUCAAAACCUGCUUCCUAUAAGCCCCCC